CGCAAUCUUUUGACAUGCACCCCUCCCUUUGAACCGAAAGUAUAUGGCAUAAACUUUUUGCAUGCGGAUUUGGGGUUCUCAAUCAAGAAAAUUUUAAUAAUUUGUAGUCGGAAAUGAUGCAAUAUGGGCGUAUUUUAUCAUUUUUUCACCAAUAUGAAAAAGUAAACUUGGACGAUUUUAGAGAGGAAUCGCGCCGGGUGCACCCCUCUAAAUCCGCUUGUGACAAGCAUCGUUAUGAGCUUUUUAAAUUGUGGCUUCAGUUGAGCAAUUCUUCAGGACUAUACUAAUAUUUGAGAAUAUAUGACUGCAAUAUAUUUGAUACAAAAGCAAGAUAGCUUGAUCAAACUAUCGAACAAUUCAGUAUGCGAUCGUUUUUUUAAUUAUGUUUUGUUUCCACUUUGAUAGAAAAAGGAUCUAAGCCAUGUUCGUUGUGGCUUAUGCUGUAAUUCCAUUUCACGCGAUGAAAAUACACUUGUUUAAAUGUGUCGGAACAUUUACAUCGUGUGAUAAUAUAAACGAAAAUUCAAUUCAGAUUUCUUAUUAUGAUGAUACUGUUAAGUCGAUAACUUAAACUUAUGGGGAAACUAGAUAAUGCAGUUGUCAGCAUACUUUAAUGAUGAUAUCAUAAAUACACACUACACGUCCUAGUUAAAUCACAUUUGUACUGAAAGUCAAGUGGUUUAAGUGUCAAAGUAGAUUCAUAAUAUACUCUAUUUGCUUAGGAAUACUACAAAAUUGCUUCACUUGUUUGCACAACAUAUGCACACAUGGUAUAACGUAUGCAAUACAAAUGUGUGAACACAAUUUGGCGGUAUGUGCAAAACAAAUAAAACACGAAAUUGAACACAAGUGAGGAAGACGGUUCAACAGCUGUAUGAACCAAGAGCUGUAAUGUACGCAAGGACUGAAAAGCGUAUAAUAGUUUCCGUGUGUGGUCGGAAAUAAUAAGUCCAUCUUCCUUGGAGAAGAUCAGCGAUACUCGGUAAGAAAGGGCCGAGCGCACCGGCGUCAUGCACUGGAUAACACUGGCUAUCGUGGCGGGCGUCUUUGUUGCCUACCUGCUAAUAGGAGCCGCUGUGUUCAUGGCGCUUGAGCGGGAACACGGCGUCAGCAUGGCGGCGACCAGGGAGCGCCACUUCUGGGAGUUCAUUGAUAAUAACACGUGCGUGAGUCCAUCGGAGCUUAGCGCAUUUGUCAACAAAAUGAUACGGACCCACAGGACCGGAGAUGGCGGACUUGGAAGAGCAUAUACCGGAAACAGUAGCUGGGACUAUGGCCCGUCCAUCUUCUUCUCUAUAACAGUCGUCACCUCCAUCGGCUACGGUGACGUUUCACCAUCGACAGAGAUUGGGCAAUUAUUCUUCAUUUUUUAUGUUCUGUUCGGCGUUCCACUGACCGCAGUGUUCUUAAAGGGCGUCGGGGAAAAGCUGGCACAGCCGUACAUCCGGCUGCAGCACAAGCAUUGGUUCCCAAGACAUCGGAAGGCAGAGAGAAUUAUCAAAAUGUUGAUCUUUACAAUCGUUUGCUUUGUGCUUUUUGUUGCAAUGCCAGCUGCGGUAUUUAUUACAACAGAAGACUGGACAUUCUUGCAAGCAUUGUAUUACACUAUUUCAACACUGACAACGGUUGGAUUUGGCGAUCUUGUACCAGGCGAGACAAAAGAGAAAUAUGAACCAACCCGGUCUGUGUACAAAACAGCAGUCGGCGUGUGGAUUCUUAUUGGACUUUCCUGGGUAUCCAUGGUACUCAACAUCGUGGCCGCAUUCCUCAGUCGCCAGGCGGAUCGCGUAGACCAUGACGUAGACGAGCACCUACACCACAAUGACGAUCACGCGCCACCGAACGUCGAUCGAUCUUCAGAUAAUGACACAUUCGGUGAAAGUCAUUCUAAUAUACAAUGUAAUUACAAGAACAUCAGACAAUGUUCAGAAAAUGACCCAUUGAUACAGCCAGAUUCACAAAUGUUUCGAAAUUUUGCCUCCACCAGUGAUGAGCGGAGUGAGACACCUGACUUGUCAUGCAAUACAUCAAUUAAAUCUUACGACUCUUAAAAUGAAACAUAGCUUGCUUAGACUACUCCUAGACAUAUUCAUACUUACGGUUAAUUAAAAUCUUUUUCAUGCCAAUUACGGUGUUCCAUAUAGGCCUUAAAAAACUAAACCAUUUUUUUCUUGAUAACGGAUAAAUAUUUGGGUAGUUCACAUGGAAUUGUGUUUCUAUUAUCAAAUGUAAAUAAUUAUAGGUGUUUUAUUAACAUAAAAUGACUAUUAACCAUAUAAUCGUCAUAACAUAUACUGGGUCGAUUCAUUACUUUUAAAUCAUCUUCAUUAUCUAUCUAUUUGUGUGUCAUUAGUUAUACAACAUAACAUUAUGCAAUUAUUAAAAAAACAAAAAAAACAUAUGCAACUUGAACUUUAACUACUAUUCUGCAAUGGUAGAGUGUCCAUAAACACAUUUAAACGGUCGGAUGUUAAGGAAUAAACAAACAAAAAACACACUAUUUCAACAUUAAACCGAUCCCAUAUACUUUUACAAAAGUAAAUUAAAAAAAGUAGUUGAAUAUAAAAAAGCUAUUAUAGAGGGUCCUUCUAAGGUGUAUUUUUUCUUUUCCGGUUUGGGGACUGCUAACUGCUCUCAGUUCCAAGGCGGUAUAAUCAUUUAUCGGUAACGCUAUUUUGCUGAGUGUAUGGUCUGGUUGUGGUGCUUAUAUUUGUAUAUGUUGUAUUUAUACGUCUGUGUCUCUAGUUUACUGUCGUAUUUGCUCGUGCCUUGUGCCUCUAUACAAGUUUUAUUUUGAAUGUUCGUCUUCUGGGCUGGUUGGCCCUGUAGUUUCCAUGGUCAUUCCUAAAUGCAACUUCAUGUUCGAUUAUUUAUCGAUCAUCUCACAUAGUUUAGAAACCAUACGAACUAACAAAUGUUAAGCAAUUCUAUAAUUUCCACACUGUUUUGACUACAUCAAGAAAAGGUAUAUGCUAAUUAAAUAGUUAACUACACAUUUAAUUAUUUCAUAAUCGUGACGUCAUUUUUAUCAUUUGCCAUACAACAGAAAUGUUUAUAAAAGUCAAGUUUUAUGAUACAUCACGUUUUACUACCGAGUAAUCAAAGACGUUAUUCAAGCCUUUGACUGAGUGUCCUGCUGUGCAAUAUUGGAGGUUUUAUUAAAGAAAUUAACAAAACUAAUAGUUUUAUUUU